CGGACAACAAUGGACCAGCCAUGCGGCCCGCCACGAGGCCCAAACACCUGUUCUUCGCGGAAUGUGCGCGAGGGGUUUGUCCACGACGUUCAUCUCCGAGCCACUGGCUGGCUUGGGGCACUUCCCAUCGAUUUCGAGAGCUUGGCCUCUCGCUUCUGACUACUCCACAUCUCGCUGGCUGCGCAUGCCCUCUAACCGAGCCCGACACGACUCUCACGAAGACAGAACUACCUUACGACCUGCGAGAUGAACAAGACUGCCAUCGCUCUGCGCUCUAUCGUUUUCUUCGUCUGGGCAUUUUUCGCCUGCUGGACAGCCGGAACCAGCGUGGUCCUCAUACUCGCUAACGCGAGGCUAGAAUACGGUGUGGCGGCAAGCACCGUCCUUGCCUUGAUUGUGACCAUCGUCACUCUAUUCAUGAUAAUCGCGUCGCACACGGAGCUUCGCUAUCACUACGUCCGAACGGGGAACGUGCUCAUCGAACUGACAUGGGUCGCAAUUUCCGCUGUUCUGGGAUUGGUGAUCAUUGGCCUGGCCUUUGGUAUUGACGUCAAAGGCUGCAGAGAUACAGGGGACUUUGAGUACUGUGCCAACACUGCUUUGUUCAGAAAGCUUGUGGCAGUCUUUGCCGCGAUGGGAUGGUCUUACCUGGUCAUCUUCAGCGUUGCGCUUCUCUGGCGCUACCGCGUCGACGGCAGAUACAUUCUGUCGAAAUCCGUCUUUGAGAUCAACUGGCUACGACGCAGAGACGCCAUGGAAAAGGAUUACAGAGAUCACAAGGGACAUAAGGGACGCAAGGAGCGGCCUCAGGACGUUCAAGCUCACGGCAUCUUCGACGAUAUCACGCAGUCUUCGGCGUACAGCACCUCUCCUGGCUAUAUGUCUCCUCCAGCCAGGACUGCAGCUCGACAGCCCGAGCCUCACACGCCAACGCCACUCUGGGCAAAGCAGGCUAGCAUCCGGCGUGGCGUCGACCCUCCUUUCCGGCAAGCUCCCUCUGAGCAGCGCAUCCAGCCUCUCCAGCGCGCUCACCCUCGCCCUCACCGUCAUCGCCACCGCGAGCAUCGUCCCUCCCGCCAAGCACGCGCGACUCUAGCGCCUUCGCAGCCAAACCUAUCUGCCCAGACCUCAACGGUCAGCGCCAACGUAGCGAACGACAUGAACUAUAUCACCCGUGCAGUCAGCCCGCUAAUCUCCGACCUCGGGAGCGCGCGCCAGCCCGAGCAGGGGUUAAAGCCCCUUCCUUCGCUAGCGGAGAUGGUUGGCCAACGUGUUGUUCGACCACCACCGCGACAGGACAGCCUUGGGCGACACGGUUCAAGUUCUGCGCCUCGAAGGCACGGCGGGGCUGAUCCCAUCGACCGUCCGUUCAGCCCCGCUCGGCGCACAUCACGUCGUCCAACGAGCGAGGAGAGUCUAUCACGAUUCUAUUAUUUAUGAGCAUCUACGUGUUGUUAUGUUGCUUCUGUCGCCAUACACUGUCAUGUUGUCUGCUGGUAGAUAUCUGCACUUCUGGCUCUUUAUUGUAUCAUAGCUAGCGUCUGAGAUCUGAAGUAGUCUACGGUAUCUAUAUUACGCUCCUUUGUACAAUCAGAAUGAUCUCUUUGGUCUCUUCA